AUAUACUAAUGCGCAACUGCAAUGCAAAACCCUAAAAUCUAAAAAUGGUGUCUUCAUGUUUCCAAGGCCGAAGAUUAUAGUUCAAAACAAAUUUACCGUACAUUUAACUGCAUCAAUACCGCUACCGUACCGUACCCUGAAUACAGAAAUAUCCAUGAAACAUUCACACGAUUGCCCGAAUGGCCAACUGACAAAAGGGAUAGUAUGGUGCACGAGAGGAAACUCGUCGCCUUCAUUCUAAAAAAACAGGGGAAAUCUGAAACGAGUUAUGGCUACAUUGCGAUUCCGUCUGCAGUCUGAGCCAAAGUGACUAUCUGAGUAACCUCGCAUAAACAGCGCGCCAGACGGCUGUUUUUUAUUUACUUGUAUAUACAUGACUGGAGCGUAACACACACAAUUAUCGGAUCAUUGCAGGCGGUUUUGUUGAACUUCUGUUCUAAGGUUCAAUUUGAUGUAGACGUCAACAAUUUUGCAGAAUGAAACUCUUAAAACCAACAUGGGUGUCACACGAUGGAAACCCAAUAUUUUCGGUUGAUUUGCAUCCUGAUGGAUCUCGAUUUGCGACAGGAGGACAGGGAGAUGGAGGAAGCAGUGGAAAAAUUAUUGUUUGGAACACAUCGCCUGUGGUAAAUGCCAAAGAUGAGCAUGAUGAAAAUGUUCCUAAAGUUUUAUGUGUUAUGGAUAAUCAUUUAGCAUGUGUGAACUGUGUCCGAUGGUCAUGCAAUGGAAGAUAUCUUGCAUCAGGAGGAGAUGAUAGAAUAAUUAUGAUAUGGCAAUUUGCAGGUUAUGGAGGACCUAUCAUGUUUGGGUCAUCAGAAAACCAAUCUAGCGGAUUAAAAGGAGAAAGAUGGAGAGUUGUUCAUACUUUAAAGAGACACACAGGAGAUAUCCUGCAUUUGGCUUGGUCACCCACUGAUCAAUGGUUAGCAUCUUGCAGUAUAGACAAUACUGUAGUUGUAUGGAAUGCUUUGAAAUUUCCUGAAAUUACAACAGUCCUGAGAGGACACACCAGUUUGGUAAAGGGUGUGACUUGGGAUCCAGUAGGGACAUACCUUGCGUCUCAAUCCGCUGAUAAAAGUGUAAAGAUUUGGAAAACUUUGGACUGGAAGCUUGAGCAUACUGUUACAAAACCUUUUGUGGAGUGUGGUGCAACAACUCACGUUUUACGUUUGGAUUGGUCUCCUGAUGGUGGUUACUUGGUAUCAGCUCAUGCAAUGAAUAAUGCUGGACCAACUGCACAAAUUAUUGAAAGAUCAGGAUGGAAAACUAACAUGGAUUUUGUUGGUCAUAGGAAAGCAAUUACAUGUACCAGAUUUAAUGGUUGUAUGUUUCGACGCCAUCCUGACAAAGCAGCGGGUGAACCAAGGCUACCAUAUACUUGCUGUGCAAUAGGCAGCAGAGACAGAUCAUUAUCUGUGUGGUUAACAUCACUCCAACGUCCAUUAAUUGUUGUCAAUGAUCUAUUCGAUGAUUCUGUUAUGGACGUUACUUGGUCCUUUGAUGGGAACAGUUUACUUUGUUGUUCUUGGGAUGGUUCUGUUGCAUAUUUGCAAUUCACACCACAAGAAAUAGGUGAAGCUCUCACUAGGGAAGAGAUGAAUAAUUUGCACAAGAAAACGUAUGGGAAAUCGAUGUCAAUUAUGUCACAACCUCUGGUUAUUGAAAAUCCAGCUAUGCUUGCUCUUCAGCAGCAGAAGAAAGCAGGAGAUGAUGCCGCUUUCAAGAAACCUCAACAAGAUCCAAAAACACCUACGAAGUAUCCUACGAAGCAAGUUGAAGUUCGAACACAGGCAGGGAAAAGAAGAAUCACGCCUGUAUUUGUUGCUCCCCAGGAAGAUUUAGGCGGGAUUCCAAGACCAUUUGGCAGUGCAUUUGGAUCUUCAACAAACUUGUCUUCAAAUUUAAGCAAAUCACCACUGAAGCAUAGUCGCACAACUACACCAGAGAAAAGAAGGAGCGAUUCAGAAAAAUCCAGUCCCGGUAUGCAACAAACAACCCCAGGAAAAUCAUCAUCUAGUCAGUCUGAUCAUGUUAUCAAAGUUGGUAGUGCAAGCAAAGAAAAACAAAAAGAUAAUGACAACACUCCAUCACAUGUAAAUGGUGAAGUGACGACAUUGCCAUUCAAGAAAGACAAGGAAAUUCUUAUAGAUAAAAGCAUCCAACUUGUUGAACAGAAGAAAGUAGUAUUGGAUCACAGAAUAACUGAAAAGACCAAACCCAGCAUACCACAAUCUGCUGCUGAACCAUCUGACAAAUUAUCUGCUCAAAAAAUCCCAGUGAAAAGCAAAUCGGACAAAAAAUUGACCGAGAAGAAUGCAACUACAAACAAGGAUGUCAAUGAUUCUGUUACUUCUGUCAUUGCAGCAGUUUCAACUCAACAAAAAAAGGUUGGAAGACCUCCAGGGCUUAACAUGAAGCGCAAGGCUAAUGAUUCAACACCUAUUCCUCAUGCUUCACCAAAACAACCAAAGAGAGUUAAAAAAGACAACAUUGUUACUCCUUCACAAUCAAGAAAUCAAACACCUGCACAACAGUCGCUGAUGAGUAGAUUAUUACCUCUACCACCUGUGCAAAUGCCUGUCUCUGUGGAUAAAUUAACUCCAAAAAAAGUUGUCAAGACUCUGUCAAUUAAGAUUUCCAAUGCUGAUGAAACUUUUGAAUUGAAGUUACACAAUGAUUCAUUAGCAAUGCAACAAAGUCAGAAGAACUCAUUUGCAAUGCAUAAGAUAGUAUGUACCAAGGGUUCAACGGCAGAAUGGGAGUCUGUUAUAUCAGCACCUGGCGUUGUCAUGGACGGAAAUAGGUAUAUUGUUUGCAUUGCAUGCAAGGACCAAACAGUGAAGCUGCUUUCAAUGUUAUCAGGAAGACAACUUCUACCUACUGUUUGUGUUAAAGGAAAACCAUACUCUGUUACAUGCAAUGGAUGGAAUGUAAUGAUCGUAUGCUGUGACGCCUCUGUUAGUGUUUGGGAUACAAAAUGUGAAUCUUGUCUUAUAUCAAAUCAAUCAUUUGCUCAUUUACUGCCAAACACUGGUGACGCCGAAGAAACAAAUACAGAUUUGUUUGAUGAAGUUGUUCAUACGAAUGACCAGCAGCGAAAAAAAGAUGAGAAAAAUCCAUUGCACGAAUGUGAAUUAACAGAUUCAGGACUGCCAUUACUGACUUUCUCAAAUAGAAAAUCUUAUACAUUCUCCAGAAAUAUGUUAUCAUGGAUUUUGGUUAAUUCCAUAGAUGAAUCAAUUGAACACUGUGCUGAUUAUAAAUCAGAUACAUCAAGUUUGAAAGGUGGAAUACUGGAUUCUCUUCAAAAGAAAGCUACUGGUGUUGGUGCCUGUGCCUUGAGGAUGUUUCAUUCAAACACAAAUUUACAGCGAUGUGCAACUGCAGUCUUUUUGGAAAGUAGAGUAGAAACAUGCAUCGCUCUCAACUCAGUGGAGGAGUACAGUCAUUGGAUGCUAUCUUAUAUAAGAUAUUUAGUUAAUGAAGGCCUGGAUGUGAGAUUACGAGAGAUUUGUGAUGAUAUGUUAGGUCCUACUCAUCUGAAAUCCAAUGAAAUCAUGGAGUCACCUACAACAUCGUCAUCAACAUGGAAACCCUUUGUAUUGGGAUUGUUCAAGAGAACAUUGCUACGAGAUGAGAUUCUGCCAAUCAUCGGUUCUAAUUUAAACUUUCAGAGACUUUAUACAGAAUAUCAAGACCAAUUAGAUGUUUGUAAUGCACCUGGAAGCAUUUUGCUUGGAUAAUGUUGUUUAUUCUAUUUUUUUAAUAUUUGAUAUUCAAUCAUAGUUGCCAAAAAUCAUACAAGUAUGA